GAAAUUUAAAGAGGAUGAGGAGAGAGAGCAACUUGCCAAAGAGAUUGCUAGGGAUUGGAGUGCUGUUUUUGAGCGAAGUAUAAAUACACUAUUUCUGACUGAAAUGGUGCGUGGUUUGAUGCUGACUUUGAAAUACUUCUUUGAGAGGAAAGUUACUAUAAACUAUCCCUUUGAGAAGGGGCCUUUGAGCCCCCGUUUUCGAGGAGAGCAUGCUCUCCGACGAUAUCCAACUGGGGAAGAGCGGUGCAUUGCUUGUAAGCUUUGUGAAGCUAUAUGCCCAGCACAAGCAAUCACAAUUGAAGCAGAGGAACGAGAAGAUGGCAGCCGUCGUACUACAAGGUAUGAUAUUGACAUGACAAAAUGCAUUUACUGUGGGUUCUGCCAAGAGGCAUGCCCUGUAGAUGCGAUCGUUGAAGGCCCCAACUUUGAAUUUGCAACUGAAACUCACGAGGAGUUGCUGUAUGACAAGGAGAAACUGCUGGAAAAUGGAGACCGCUGGGAAACAGAGAUUGCCGAGAAUCUCAGAUCUGAGAGCCUUUAUCGUUGAUUUCUUCUUGCUAUGAGGAAUUGAGCUAGCUGAAAGUCUUUUUUUUUUCAAAGAAUUCCAAAAUAAGAAGAAACCUCUGUGCCACAAAUAUUAGCUUUAUCUCGUGUUUAAGCAGUUCAUAGUUUCAGAGACAUUUGUGGAAGGAAACAUCUCUUUUUUCCAAACAAUAACUGCAUUUAAUUGAAAUGUGAAUCAAAAACAAGCAUGUACUAUUCUUUUUUUGUUAGCGAAAAUUCACAUUCUCCAUUUCAGUUAAUUAUUCUCGCAAUAAAAAAUCUUUAAUUGGAUCAAAAA